GCGUUCUUCUCUCAGCUACUGUAUUUGUUAUUUUCCACAAGAUCACUGCGUCCUGAGUAAUGAGAUGAAUAAUUGCAGUGACUCUCUCGGAAAAGAUUGGACUCCCGACAGAAAUACUAAUCAAAUAGUCUAGCAGGGAAUUGGUGGUUCCUCAUUGUUUUAAUUUCUGUCUCGUGUGGCCUUCAAUUUCUUGUUUGAACUAGUGCUUGGCUGUUUGGUAAGAAAUUAUAGACGAAGCCGAUCGGUCGUGAAUAAAACCCGAGCUUUCUGGUUCCUUAUAAACCAGUUGGUCAUCAACCUAAUUUGGUGGACGCACUUUCUGAAACAUGUACACAUCUCACAAUAUGUUACAUAUGGGGAUUAGAAUAUACGUCAUGCAUUUACAACUCUUUUUUGUUUACUUUCCUUUUUUUGGGACAUGGAUGUUGGUCAGAGAGACAUGCAUAGAUGGUAACGAAACAUUGUGCCAUACGUUUUCUUUUCAUACAUACACAUAAGAGAGAAUGGGCAGUUGAACAACAACAGGAACAGGAACAGGAUGAUAUGUUACGGUAGGAAUGUUGUUGGGUUUACCCUUUCACUGAGGGAAAAAAAAAGAAAAAGAAUAGCCUACAUUUUAAAGGAGACUUCCCUAUUCCUAUGUGACUCGGUCGACCAACCCCUUUCACCUUCCUCAUCUCCCAUCUUUUCUCUUAUAUCAUACCAUCAUUAAACUGAAGCCCGAGGUAACAUUUUCAGAUCCCUUCUCCCGACAUUCAAUCAAUGCGAUAAAUGGAAGGUCGAGAGCCGCCUCAAGAUCUCCCCGACCACCUCUUCGUGUCCUCCUCAGACCACCCGGCUCCCUCAGAGCCGUCGUCAUCUCAGCUCCCCCGGGAUCUUGAUUGGGUCAGCAGCUUCCUCCAGCUUCCUCCUUAUCAUGGUGGGAGCAACGAUGCUACGGGUGCCGGUAGUUCUUCGUUAGUGGGGGGAGGAGCGCCUGUUAAUGCGGACGAGGAGGAGAGAAAUGUUGGUGGUAAGGAGAGGAGGAAGGCUGGAGGAGGUCAUAGGACGAGGAAGGCGACAAGGCCUCGGUUUGCUUUCCGGACGAGGAGUUCCGAGGAUAUCCUCGAUGAUGGGUAUCGGUGGAGAAAGUACGGGCAGAAGGCUGUCAAGAACAGCAUAUAUCCCAGGAGCUACUACCGGUGCGCGCAUCACACAUGCAAUGUGAAGAAGCAGGUGCAGAGGUUAUCUGAGGACACGAGCACGGUCGUGACGACAUAUGAGGGAGUUCACAAUCAUCCCUGCGAGCAGCUAAUGGAGGCACUCGCCCCUCUCCUGAGGCAAAUUCAGUUCCUCUCCAAGUUCUAAUUCAUUAAGCUGAUCUUUAUAUACAUCUUAAUCUUAAACUGAUCAUCGGUCACUUAGGCAUCGACAAAACUAUACGGAGUGACUCCGUACAUAUAUAUCUUUUAACAGUUCUGUUUCUCCAUGCAUUGCAUAUAGAUUAUAUUUGUAAUUCCUGACAGCUAUCAUGCACACAUGAUUAACAAAAAGAAGGUCCACAACCUCGUUUCUGUGUAUUGGCGCAUUCGUCGACUCAUUCCGGUUUUAUUUUGGCAAACUCUUUGUUUUUCAUCUUCGAGAUGGAUAUUUCUAAUAAAUUUGAGGUAAACUAUAAGUAGCAUGCCCUUUUGAUGAUUUUUUUUUAUAACUACAUUCCCGGUGUUAUUAUUAAAAGACCAUUACAUCCGAUAAAUUGUUCAAGGCUGACACGCCCUUUAAGUUAUCAAAAGACACCUUCCCUCAUGCAUGAGGAAGGGUUUGCAUUCUUCUUAAAUAUGGGGCGUUAGCUAGUUUACCAAAAUAUGGGAUGUUAUUGUCCUUUAAUAUAAUAAUUGUAAAAGGAAUUCACCGAAAAUAUAAAUAAUUAUAAAAACGAACUUGCUGUAUUCCUAUUCAACGUCGGUUUUGUUCCGCCUUGAAAAGACAAAUAUUUUUUUCAUAUAUAAAAGAUAUUAUAUAUCAAUCAUGCUUAAAGUUCGUUUAGGAGUACCGUGGGAGAUUCCACAAUCACUUUUCCUUAUAAUUUUAAGUAGAUUUGAUAUUUGGUGAGUGUGUUUGAAACCAUGAUUGGGUCAAAAUUGUAGUUGCAAACGUGAUUUUGUCAAACAAGUUUAUAGGUGCUUAUGAAAUUUACUUAUACUUAUUCUGUUUCAAGUAUUAAUAAUUACUUUUAUUUUACUUUUAACAGUUUUCAAUUGUUACAUUCCAAACGCUUUUACUCAUUCUAAAAUCAGCACUUAUUUUUCAGUAAUUAUACUUCGGCACUUUUAUUUCAGUAGCAUCACUCCCAAACCAAGUCUUAAUAAUGAUUAUUUGGCAUUAAGCUUAAUAGUUUAGCACAUAUCUUCCAUAACGAGGAAUAAAAAGUAUAGUAUCCUUUACAAUAUUGUACAAAACUAAUUUUCUAUUUUUUUUUCCAAACAUGUUUAUUAAAACUUUAUGUUUUAGAAAUCAGCAAAUUACUGGGUUCAAUAACCUAAGCACGAAGCAAAUCCCUCUCACUGAGACCCCCUUCUCGUUUUUUUUCCCCCCUCCAUUCUUAAAACUAGGAUUUUUCAAGUAAUCUUUUUGGUCAAACACUUAGCUUAUGAUUGACCAAAUUUUGAGUCUUCUCAGUAAUAUAUAUUUAGAUUUUCUCGAAUUUAUUCAUAAUAUAUUUGCAAUUUUUAUUUGGAUGUUUCUGAAGAGACUUCUCUUAUGUAUUCAGACACGGCGUUACAUGUCCAUUGGAUAGUUGCCAUUUGCAUGACACUAUUUGAUUUUUUAUUACAUCAGUGAAUGAUUAUAUAUUUGUAUGUAUAUUCGCAUAUUGUACAGUACUAAUUAAAGAAAUUACUCCCAUGUUUUAUUUA